AUGAACGCGGAUAAGAAUGCAUUCAAGUCCUUGAAGGUGGGUAAUGUCACUUUGCAAACUCGAAUUGCUAUGGCCCCUUUGACAAGGACUCGCGCCGAUGAUAACCGGGUGCCGACUUCUACUAUGGCGGAGUAUUAUGAGCAAAGAUCGCGCGUACCUGGGACUCUGCUCAUCACAGAAGGAACUUUUAUUCAUUGCGCAGCUGGUGGUUUGCCCCAUGUGCCCGGCAUUUGGAGUGAGAGUCAGAUCGAGGGGUGGAAAGCCGUGUUUGACAAAAUCCAUGCCAACGGUUCGUUCGUUUUCGUUCAGCUGUGGGCACUUGGGAGACAAGAUAGCCCCGACGACUUAGCCAAGUACGGAUACGACUAUGUUGCGCCAUCUGCGGUUAAAAUUGGUCGUGUGGUCGGCUCUGACGGGACCUCGAAAAAAGAGCGUCCCCCUCCUCGUGCGCUCACCAAAGACGAAAUCAAGCAAUAUGUUCAAUGGUAUGUCCAGGCGGCAAAGAACGCUAUUGCAGCCGGUGCAGAUGGUGUUGAGAUCCACGGUGCCAACGGCUACCUGGUCGACCAAUUCUUGCAUUAUAACACAAACCAACGUACCGACGAGUACGGUGGGUCGAUCGUCAACCGAGCCAGAUUUGCACUCGAGGUUUUGGAUGCAGUGAGUGAGGCUGUAGGACCUGAACGGGUCGGGAUUCGGCUUUCUCCCUGGGGUGGCUUCGGCGACUUGGCCGUAGACAUCAGCCCAAUUCCUCAAUGGAGCUACCUAGUUGCUGAAAUUGAGCGCAGGGCUACCGAGGGCAAGCGCAUCGCAUAUAUUUCCACUAUGGAAUGUCGUUGGAGACAGGAUGAGGCGUUGAUGCCUGCACGGGUACCCAAAGAUAUUUACUCCCUCAACAAUUUCGUUGGUUUUAUCUGGAAUGGUCCUUGGAUUCGGUCAGGUCAAAUGACAGAUAGCAUUGAUCUCGCAGAUCAAGAUGAUAGAACCGUUUUGGCCAUUGGCCGCUACUUCAUCUCUACACCUGAUGUGAUUCGAAGACUGCGCGAUGGCUUGGAGCUCAACCCGUACAAUCGCGAAACAUUCUACCACAGUGGUAGUAAAGCUAUCGAUGCAUCUGUGGGAUAUACUGAUUACCCGUUUUACGACAAAUAA